AUUUCGUGGUGGUUAUAAAUUUAAGAAAUCAGAUAUCAUCACUCUUAAACCAGAACCUUCUAAUAUACAUAACAUAAAUGCAAUAAAAGUUAUUGUAGAUGGUAUUCAUAAAGCCUAUGUGGCAAAGAAUGAAAAUGAAAGCAUUGGAGAUUUAAUGAAACAAUAUCCAACUUAUCAGAUAAAUGCUCAUAGAAAGAAAAACUAUAAUCAAUCAGCAUCUUUAAAUUUCGAAUAUCUUUGGAUAGUUUGUAGGAGAUGUCAUGAUAUGCUUCAGGUGUCGAGAAAUUAUAGAGAUGAUUAUUAA